UGUACACAUAUAUUUGAAUUUAAUUCUUUUUAAACAGUUUUAAAGGAGACAGUCAAAACCAGCUCUCAAUUGCUCUCUCUCUCUCUCUCUCAAGAGAACAACAACAAAAAAAAAAAAAAAAUUCUCUCUCUCUCUCUCUCCGACUGAAAGGCAUCGCAAGUGGUCUCGUGUUUCUUUGCUUCCCUAGUCCACAGAUGUUCUUUUUCUGCUAACAAACGCCGCCUUCUAACCUUCUUUUCCCUCUCCGUCUCGACCAUGGCGGUGUACGGUCUCGCUUCACUGUUGGCUCUCAUGGCGGUUCUUGGAAUGCAGCUCAUUCCUGUAAUAAAAGCAGAGUGCCCCUUAGAUUUGAGUGGGUCAAACUUUCCUCUGGCUGCCACUUUAUGCUCGAACAAAGAUGACAGAGGAAAGUGUUGCCGUCAUAUAAAUGCUCUUGUUGCCAUUUCUGUUGCUCGCUAUGCAAAUGCAACGAGAAACCUAGGGGUUCCUUCAGAUUUAUCUGAUAUCUGCCUCAAUUCCAUAUCAAAAACCUUGGCACUGUAUGGAGUUCCUCGGAAUGCAACUAUGUUUUGCGGCUUUGGGACAAAGAUUCCAGUUAAUUACGAGUGUAUGGGUCGAACAACCGUCACGCAGAUGCUGGAGUCGCCAAAAUUUGGAGACGUUGCUGAAAAUUGCAAAGUGCCACUUUCAGAUGCAAGUAAUUGCCGCAAGUGUUUGAAUGCUGGCAUUUCGUACCUUCGUCAUCUAGUAGGAUCAGAAACUAAUUUGACAAUGAGUACUUGUCGUGAUGCAACAUUUACUGCACUCGCAAGUCAAGUUGAUGGUGCUUCAGCCGUUGACACUGCAAGCUGUUUUUUUGGAGUUCAGGGGCUAACCAUUCCUCCAGCUUCCCGGACAUCACCACCUUUGAUCACGCCGAAGGCUCCUCCAAGCCCAGCAGUUGCCGAUAGCCCAAGCCAAAACUUGACGGCUGCACCUUUAAACAUACACCACCAUUCUUACCACAUUACGUUGAUACCUGCUCUUGGCAUUGCAGUAACAGUUGUUGCUGUUACAGUGCUUGUGGUCUUGGUAUUUCUCAUACGUAGGAAAAGCAAAGAGCUAGAGGAUUGUGACAAUAUAGACAACACAUCUUCAAAAGCCUUCCCUCUGCCUCGUUCUGUACGGAAGUUUCAGGAAGGUCCUUCAUCAAUGUUUAGAAAAUUCAGCUACAAGGAGAUAAAGAAGGCAACAGAUAAUUUUAACACCAUUAUUGGACAAGGUGGAUUUGGAACAGUGUACAAAGCCCAUUUUAAUGAUGGCUUAGUGGCAGCGGUAAAGCGAAUGGACAAAGUUUCAGAGCAAGGGGAGGAUGAAUUCUGCAGGGAAAUAGAACUUCUUGCUAGACUACAUCAUCGUCAUCUUGUUUCCCUGCGUGGUUUUUGCAUUGAUAAAAAAGAGAGGUUUCUCAUGUAUGAGUACAUGGCGAAUGGUAGCUUGAAAGAUCAUCUUCAUUCUUCAAAUAGAGCUCCUCUAAGUUGGCAGACGAGAAUACAGAUUGCAAUCGAUGUGGCUAAUGCUCUGGAGUACCUCCAUUUCUAUUGUGAUCCUCCUCUGUGCCACAGAGACAUCAAAUCCAGCAACAUUUUACUAGACGAGAAUUUUGUUGCAAAGGUUGCAGAUUUUGGCCUUGCACAUGCAUCAAAAGAUGGUUCUAUAUGUUUUGAACCUGUAAACACCGAUGUCCGGGGUACUCCAGGCUAUAUGGACCCAGAGUAUGUGAUCACGCAAGAGUUGACGGAGAAAAGCGAUGUAUAUAGCUAUGGUGUCUUACUAUUAGAGAUAGUGACUGCAAGACGAGCGGUACAAGACGGCAAGAAUUUGGUUGAAUGGUCACAAAUACAUUUAGUAUCCGAAUCAAGGCUAGCUGAUCUAGUUGACCCAAGUAUUCGAGGUGCUUUUGAUUCUGAGCAGCUUCAAACAGUUGCUUCUAUAGUGAGAUGGUGCACUCAGAAAGAAGGCUGGACGAGGCCUUCAAUUAAACAGGUCCUGAGGAUGUUAUACGAAAGUUCGGACCCCAUGGAUAAUGGAUUUGCAGAGGCUAUUGAAGAUGAAGAGUAUGACGGAAACGAAGGGAGACCGAGGACGAGCAAAGGCAAAAUGCACAGGAAUGAGUUCCAUAGCGGGGAUGGAAGAUGUCUUGCUUCUUCUUCAAGUACGUCAAGAUCUUAUUGUAGUAGAAGCUUCUUACUUGAAAAUGGUUCUCCACAAUCCCCGCCAAAUAUCUUAUCUCUUUAAAGUCGAUAUUUCAUUCACUUUCCGCACUCAACAAUAGAAAUGGUAGAACUUUAGCUAACACUUGGUUGACAGCAUUGGACCACGUCAUCCAUUUUUCCCCAAGUUUUGGAGAAGUUUACCUCUUUCUUUUUCAACAGACUGUCCAAACUCCGAAGGAUUUGUGGAGUUACAUGUUGCUUUCUCAAAGGAGAGAAAAUUUGUAACAGCUGUCAUAGUACAUAUUCUUUGGAUCAUUUUGUGCAAAUAUUUUGGAGAUGUAAACCAGAAAUGAUCUUUCCUUUGCUUGUAGAAUUGGUAUAAAUUUUGUUCUCAGCUUUGACCAAUUUCAUACUUGAAGACAAUACAAUCACUAUUUUGCUCCUAAA